AUGGCGGAUAUGGGAAUAGAAAAUAUUGCAUUACUAGCAUUAAUGCAUUCUGCGAAUUCUGGAAAAAGUUCUUCGGGGAUAGACAUUGCUUCAAGUUCUUUAGGAAUAGGAGGUGCUUCAAGUGGAGCUUCGGCAUCCGCCGGUAGUUCUGUUGGCGGAGGAUUAUCCGGUAGCGCAGUUGGUGGUGGAGGAUGGUCUGGUGGUGCUGCUGGUGGUGGAGGAUGGACUGGUGGUGCUGCAGGGGGUGGAGCUGGAGGCGGAGGAUGGACUGGUGGUAUUGCGGGAGGCGGAGCUGGAGGCGGAGUUUGGAGUGGUAGUGGUGCUGGGGGCGGAGGGGGUGGAGCUGGUGGUGGAAGUUGGACUGGUGGUGCAACUGGUGGUGGAAAAUGGACCGGUGGUGGAACAGGGGGCGGAGGAUGGACUGGUGGUGCUGCAGGGGGUGGAGGUGGUGGAGCCGGAGGCGGAGGAUGGACUGUUGGUGGUGCUGGGGGAGGAAGUGGUGGAGCUGGAGGUGGAGGUGGAGGUUGGACUGGUGGUGCAACUGGUGGUGGAACAGGGGGCGGAGGAUGGACUGGUGGUGCUGCAGGGGGUGGAGGUGGUGGAGCUGGAGGUGGAGGUUGGACUGGUGGUGGAACAUGGAGCUGGCGGCGGAGGAUGGACUGGUGCUAA